AUGCUGCAGGUGGAACACAGGAUAGGUCUUCAGCAGUGUGCAUCCAGGGUGCAGUUCCUAGAGUCGUCCACUGUGGGGCGCAGCAUAGUCAGUAAACAAGAGGCCCGUGUGUGUGACCUGGAAAAUAAAUUGGAGUUUCAGAAGGGCCAAGUCAAGAGGUUUGAGGUGCUGGUGCUGCGUUUGAGGGACAGCGUGGUUCGUCUAGGAGAGGAGCUGGAGCAGAGCGCCCAGGCUGAAGCACGAGAGAGGGAGAACGCCCGUUACUUCCAGCAGCGCCUGCAGGAGAUGAGGCUGGAGAUGGAGGAGCUGAGCCAGAGGGAGCAGGACAGCAGCCGCAGACGCAUGGAGCUGGAAAUGCAGGUGGAGGAACUCUCUGCUGUCAGACAGACUCUACAGGCUGACCUAGAGACAUCGAUCCGCCGCAUCGCUGAUCUGCAGGCCGCCCUGGAGGAAGUGGAAUCCAGCGAUGACAGUGAGACUGAAAGCGUUCAAACUGCUGUGGAGUCUUUUACUCGCAAAAGAGAUCUUGACUCUGUGUCCAGUGUUGGUUCUGUUGGCUCCAAGGAUGUUGGGGAGGGCAAUCGGUCCCGUAGAGGUGGUUCUCCCUACAGCAGCCAAGAUGGCCGUCAGUCUGUCACUGAUACCAUGAGCACCUACAGCUUUCGUUCCUGUUUGGAUCCUGAUGAUGAGGGUUCUGACUUAGGAGGCGCUGGUUCCAGACAUCUCAGCCGAGCUCCAUCCUCCUCAGCGUUGUCUGAGCUGCUGGAUGGACUUCGUAAGCGCAGAGCGAGCACUGAGAUGGUGGACGGAGCGGGCAGCGCCGUGUCCCUUCCCAUUUAUCAAACGACGGGAGCGUCCACACUCAGGCGAAGAGCCUCGGCUCUUUCUCUCGGUCCAGCCGACGUCCAGGAGCCCCGACCUGGUCCCAGCAUCCUCAAACCUCCAUCUCCUCUGUUGCCACGCGCCGCUAGCGCCCGCUCUGUCGCCGACUCUGAGGUAUCUGCAGCCGGUACCAAGCUUCCUCGCUUGAACUCAAGCAGCUCUGCCUCUUCCCUCCCUUCCCUGCCCCGUCUGUCCUCUUUGUCAUCCUCUCUCGCUGCUCGCCAUCAUCAUCCUCCUUCCCUGUCCAUCCCUGAGGAGGACCACGACGAACCGCUGCGAUCCGUGACAAUGCAGCGUUCGCCGCAGCCACUGCGGCGUUGCAUGCUGGAAAGUGUCAUGGCUACAGACGGAGGUGAAGGAUCUCUGGGGUCAGAACCCAUGGUCUUCCAAAGCCGCCGUUUAACUGAUGGUUUUGACGAUGCGGCCUCAGACAUCCUGCCCGCCAUACGGAGAGCUCAAUCCACCAGCAGUCUGGCCAGCUCAAUCAGAGGAACCAGGAGGGCGCUGAGCGUCCACUUUGGAGAGCUGCCGCCUUCCACACGUAGCAGGAGAGGCUCUGAGACUGAGUCCUCCAGCUCAGGGGGAAGCUCCCAAGGUAGCGGGCCACGACGAAGAUUCGAACAGCCGCAAGGAGAGAGACUGGAGGCGGAGGGGAGUGAGGGGGGAGACGUGGCUUCAGUUAUGAAGAAAUACCUGAAGAAGGAGAUCAACUGAUGCAGGCGAGCCUCCUCAUGUGUUGGCUUCCAGCUGUGAGCUUCAAAGAGACCGAGGACCACGGGAUGCUGAAUGAAAUGCUUAAGAAGACGACUCAGAUGCUUUGGACUCCUCAUCUGGAUAUUAAAGCCAAAGAGCACAAUCUCUGUAUUUUCAAAUCGAUUCUGUUUGUAUAUGA